UUCAGCACCAAGGACCAGAGAACAACGACAGUCCCAGGCGCGCGCGACAGUACUAGAGCCAUGGAGCCAUCCACUGCCCCCGGUGUUGAACCGGCUGAUUUCGAGCUGUACUCGGUGAUUCCGCCUAAUGUCACCUACCCGGACGACGAGAUGGGGUUCGUGCCCAACGGGGGAAACUACACCCAGCAGUUCCCGUUUCAGAGCGCCUCCAAUAUUAUAGUAGCCAUCUCCAUCACCGCGCUCUACUCCGUUAUCUGCGUGGUGGGAUUGCUCGGGAAUAUCCUUGUGAUGUACGGGGUGGUGAGAUACACCAAGAUGAAGACAUCCACCAACAUCUACAUCUUUAACCUGGCUCUAGCGGAUGCCCUAGCCACCAGCACACUCCCCUUCCAGAGCGCCAAGUACCUGAUGGGGACCUGGGCGUUCGGAGAGGUCCUCUGUAAGGUGGUCAUCGCCAUCGACUACUAUAACAUGUUCACCAGCAUCUUCACCCUGACCAUGAUGUCUGUGGACCGCUACAUCGCUGUGUGCCACCCAGUGAGAGCCCUGGAGUUCAGGACGCCCGCCAAGGGUAAGAUCAUCAACGUUCUGAUCUGGGUUCUGUCCUCUGCCAUCGGAGUGCCCAUCAUGGUCAUGGCGGUGACCAAAAUGACAGACAGUGGUCAGACUAUGUGCACGUUGAAGUUCCCCGACCCUGACUGGUACUGGGACACGGUCACUAAGAUCUGCGUGUUCAUCUUUGCCUUCGUCGUCCCUGUCACGGUCAUCACCAUCUGCUAUGGUCUGAUGAUACUGCGUCUGCGCAGCGUCCGCCUGCUCUCAGGCUCUAAGGAGAAGGACCGCAACAUGCGCCGCAUCACCCGCAUGGUCCUCGUGAUUGUCGCGGCCUUCAUCAUCUGCUGGACGCCCAUCCACAUCUUCAUCAUCAUCAAGACCCUGGUGGAGAUCGACUCUAGGAACCCCUACGUGAAAGCCAGCUGGCACCUCUGCAUUGCGCUGGGCUACAUGAACAGUAGUCUCAACCCCGUUCUCUACGCUUUCCUGGAUGAGAACUUCAAGAGGUGCUUCCGGGACUUCUGCCUGCCCUGCCGGACCCGCAUGGAACGCAACUCCCUCAACAGGGGUCGGAAUGCCAACCGGGAACCCGUGUCCGUCUGCGCUCCGACUAUAGCUGGGACGGAAAAUAAGCCCGUAUGACUAGGCAUGGACCAGAUCCCUUGUGGUUCUCGAUCCAGGAGGGCCCAGCAAGACCUGCAUUCUGAGGUCACCCAGAUCUCCACAACAGAGUUCUGACAGGACAAACAAUUAUUUAGUGAGACUCACACAGAGGUGUCAGUAAAGAGGGUUCCAACACACACCAUUUUUUUUUUAGGACCACAUCAUUGACAUUCCUACCAGUGAGAUUUACGAACGUUCUUUAUUGUUGCUCAGAAGGAGACAGAUUCAAUGUUUCAUCAUAAAUCGUUUUCGAUAAAACUGAAGGACACACAUCUCCGUGAAGGUUCUAUCCAGAGACAAUCUGCGACAGUGCCAGGGAUUUUUGAGUAGUGCAUUUCUGGUUUGUGACAAAUGGAUGUCUGGCUGCAGACAUAAUACACAGGAUGUUGUCAAGGACAGCGGUCCAAAAGAUGCCACAUGGUUUCGUCAACUAGUCAUCCUUGUUUGUGACUGAUGACAAGCUGCACAAAUAUGGGACUGGGCUUGUUUUUAAAAUAAAGGCAACAGGGUUAGGGAAACCACUGAAUGAGUAGAUACAGUGCAUUCAGAAACUAUUCAGACCCCUUGACUUUUUCCACAUUUUGUUAUG